GCCCAUUAUAACAUCUCUUCGCCACAUCCACCCACCCCAUAUAUACCUGUUUCAUACUUUCUAAGCCAACGUGCUUAUUCCACUCCUUUCUUAUAUUCUUGUUUUGAACUGUCUGCAUAAUAUUCUUCGAUUUGAUAUCCUUGCAUCAUGUUGAAACACCGCGACAAGAAACCAACCCCGCAAGAAUUGUACCGGAUCAAGAAACAGCGGGACGAGGAAGAGAAAGAGGCGUAUCUACCGCCUGGACUCGUGAAUCAUGGCAAUACAUGCUUCAUGAACUCGACACUCCAAGGGUUGCAUUAUAGCUUAUAGCCACACCAUUACUACACGAGCUUGUAUACUCAGGAGAGCUUCAAUCACGCUGGAACAACCCAGGAGGAAGUUCUAUUCUGUCUAGACGUUCGCCGUUGUUGACAAAUGGUCAUUAUGUCGGUGGGAAGUAUGAGCGUGAAUGGGUGGAGGGCAUGCCUCUCGGCGAUCGUUUCAUUCACACAAUGCAAAUGGCAUGGCGUAUGCAGGAUGAUCGCAAGAGGGAGAACAUGAGUCCUAGGGAAAUCCUGACUACGAUCGGCACCAAGUAUGACCAAUACUUGGACUUUCAACAGCAAGAUGCUCACGAGUUCCUUCGUCAUCUACUUGAUGCAAUGCGGAUGGAGGAAGUUGAUAUCAUCAAAAAGCGCCAACCACCACCACCGCCCAAAUCGAAGCGGAGGAGGAAACGAAAAGAUCCCCAGUCAAGCUCAUCGAACACAGCUGUUGCUUCCUUCCCUACAACUUCUGAGCCUUCAGCCGAGGACAAGCUCCAGUCUUUCGUCGACAUGCUAUUCGGCGGUCGACUAGCUAGCAUUCUCGUCUGCGAGAAGUGCAAGAAGGUCUCACUCACGUAUGAGGAUUUCAAUGAUCUCAGUCUGAGCAUCAAGCCUGAGGAUUAUGUGAAAGAGCGGAAACGAGACAAAUUCAAGAAUCUGGCGAAGAAGCUCCGGUUCCGGCCAGCCGAUAAGGAUCUCUCUGGAGUGCCUAUGCACAGAUCCUCUUCUCUUCCAGUGAGUCCAGUACGACGGAGUGCGGAUGUUACGCCUCAAGACAGCGAGCUUCCAGCGAAUGAGGAUCGCCGGAGGCGGAGUCUCGACAUUGCUGAUGAUUCCAAGUCGAGUGAAGAGGCCAUGGGGAACGUGGUGGAGCCGGCAAUCCAGCCUCCGAAUGUGGACGCUAAGGCACCUCCCAAGGCAAUUGAUGAUGAAGGGGCGAGCGUCGAGCCAGAUGUAGAGAGGGAUCCAAAAUCGUCGCCCCAUGUGGAUUUUGUGGAACCUGAUGUCAAAUCUACGCGCAAGGAAGACAACAAGGAUAAGGAUGCAUGGGGAAAGCUUGGUCGGCGAAUCAGCGUAUCGAUGAAGAUGGGCAUGAGCUCCAAGCGAAAUAGUCGAUCGAAAGAGCGCAAGAGGACAGUCGAUAUUCUCAAGGAGGGGUUGGCUUCGACUGAGAUAUCUAGUACACCCACACUUGUGAAUUCUCCCUACGAAAGCAGCUCCGAGUUGGGCGACAUGUCCGACGUGCCGAGAAGUCGCGGUAUAUCACCUUCGCCAGGACCAUCACCCUUAGCUACCCCACCUUUGAACAUAUCCCCGCCAAUUCUCGUCCUCCAGCGGGAUUCUGCUGAACCUUCCGUUCACAAACAUGUGAAAUCUCCGCGCCCGCCGAAGCCGACGCAUGAAGAAGCAGCUUACCUUCGCAGGUUAUUGGCAGAUGUUCAUCCCGCCAACUCCAGUCCCUUCGCUAUGUUCCAUCAGGCAAUAAGCGGCGCCAGCGGCUCUGGAUCUGUCCCGCCUAUUUCUGCACAUGCUCUUCUCUCGAAGAUGGGCCAUCUUCCUGGUAUCGACGAGUGUCUACGCAUGUUCACAGCUGUCGAAAUUCUCGAUAGCGACAACAUGGUUGGGUGCCAUCGUUGUUGGAAGAUUGCUAAUGGCACUUACAAACCUCGAAAGCAGGACAUUCAGAAGGGUCCUGAUGAAGAGGAGGACAGUAGUGAAGCGGAUAGCUUGGAGAACCUAUUGUUACCUGAAAGCAAGGACAGUGCUGAAGAGUCUACGGCAUCCUCCCCUGACCUUGCUCACCCGUCGGCAACUUCUACCCCCAUCCAAAUCUCACCUUCAUACACCUUUCUCUCAGAUGCCGAGUCAAUAGCAUCUGCUCCGACCACGUUGCAAUCUUCGCCACCAAUAUCUAAUCGAAUGAGACCUCCACCUUUACCGCUAGGCACGGAGGGACAACCAUCUUCAUCUACACAAUCCUCUCCCGCUCGAGUUGCCACCUACGCUGGUCAACCUAUACCUUCCAUUUCGACUACCGCGCCGGAAUCUCCACUAACUCAAACCGCCUUCAAUCGUCUGGAAGAUGAUGCUGCUGAAUCUCUUGGUGCUAGGCUAGCGGAUGCAAUGCCCUCUAAUGACUCCCUCCUUACACCCAAGGUCAAGCGCACGCCACAACAGAAGUUCAUAAAAGCGCUGAGCGGCAUGUUCGAUGACUCGGAUUCCUCUGACGAGGCAGACUUCGACGAUUCCGCCAGUGAUCGUUCAGGGAGCGUUUCUGCAUACUCCGACGCCUCCUCUCUGGCAUCACGCCCUGCCUCUCCAGCAGGUUCUCCUCGAGCGUCGGUGGAAAAGCUACCUUUACCUGCAAGUACGGCACAGUCAUCUCGCUCGGACGUAAGUCGCGCUCGAUCACGAGAGUCAGAGGAGAAGAGGAAGAAGCGGAUACCCCGCUCACAACAGGUUCUUAUGCGACGAACGUACAAGCGUUAUCUCAUUGCGGACCCGCCACCGAUUCUCGUCAUUCAUUUGAAGCGCUUCCAGCAAACCCCGAAGCAAUAUACUGUUUCUUUUACCGGUGGGUUCAAGAAGCUAGAUGACUUCGUCGCAUUUCCCGAGUACCUUGAUCUGGCACCCUAUCUGGCGCCUAAGAAGGAGGACUUUGGACUCAAAAAUUCCAAGGAGAAAGGGAUGAAGAAACAUCUCGAUGGUAAGAAUGAAGAGCGAUGCAUGUACCGUCUUUAUGCAGUGGUGGUACAUAUUGGCAACAUGCUCGGUGGCCACUAUGUUGCGUAUACUGCUCUUCCUUCGCGGCCAGCACCUGAGAACAGUUCAGCCCCUUCUUCUCCGAAACCUGAUGCUGACACGCCAACGGCCUCCAAUACAUCUGACACAUCGAAGUCUGAGAAAGAUGUUGUGGGUUCCACAAAACAGCCCAGACAGUGGGCAUACAUCAGUGACACCAUCGUCCGCCUCACCACGAUAGAGGAAGUACUGAAAGCUAAGGCUUAUAUUUGUAUGUACGAACGCAUUUGAUUCAUUCGGUUUGCCAUUUGGAUACACCCUCACGCUAGACUGUCGUCAUACAUACUACUUGCAAUUAUCUAAUGCUGUCCAUCACUGUUGUAGUGUUUUUGUAUAUUGGAGUAUUCUAUUUGUAAUUUAUGGCAUGAGUGGGGGGGCAAACUACUCCUUACAUCCUGCUACCCUGCAAUGCUUCGGAUUGCAUCGUUCAGUCCCACUGUCGCUAUUUAUCCCCUGGUAAAUUCCCCUAUAAUCGGCCUGCUGUUAAAUAUAUAGGGAACCAUGCUCUAGUCAACUCGUAUAAAAAUCCUAUCAUAUACAUACAGACGAUAGCCAGAGCAAAAUAUGUAUACACGUCCAUACAGC